AUGCCUCCUGCCCAAUGGAUAGGCAUCAUGACAUUGGCUUGCCUCUUCCAGGGCGUUUGGCGAGAUUGGCCCGAACUGCACACUGCCAGGCGGCUCGCAAAGCGAGAUGUACCCCUGAGCGAGGCUGAAAAGAGUGUGGAUGUUGAUGCAUACUCGGUCUCGGACCAGCAAAGAGACGAUGGCAAGCCGAAGCAAGAGGCAGAGAAGGCGACGGAGCCUGGAGAGGGCAGCCACAAAGUGGACCCCAAUCAAGGUAGAGAUGAGCAGAAAGGCAAAGGAGGCACCGGGAAGAAGUCCAUGCUUACGGAUCUCAUUGAUCCCGCCACGCUCCAGCCGUACUACUUCAUUCCCAUCAGCAGCUGCGUUUUCAUACUGCUACAGUCUGCGAUCCUCGGUUUUGACGUACGACUGCAGCGAGACCAAGACGGAGAUGGUUGGUACGGAUGGUUGAAGGCAGGUGCAAAGAAUGCUGGACUAGUUGCGUUCAUCGGCAUGGCCCUGGUAACUUGGUGGCGCGACACAUCGGAAUUUCUGGCGGCACCUACGGAGACCAUUGCCGACAAGGUUUCGGCCGUGUUCGUGAUUGGCUUCACGUCACCAAACAUGAAGGCAGCAUGGGGAGCGUUUGCCACAGUUUGGGCACAGUCACCAGCCAAUGUGUUUCCUCGAAGCGCUUGUCACAGGAAGCCCAACUAUGAUACCAUUCCAUUGAUAGGGGGCGGGCAGAUACCGCUGCAGCCUUUCACGGCUGGUUGGAUGCAGCCCCUCAAAUGGGCGUAUCUCAUGGUGCUCCUGCCUUACCACUAUUUGAGUGGGACGUUGUUCACUAUUUGUGUUGGUUCAUGUAAGUGUAUCCAGGGCUGCUUCACGAUCAAGUUCUUCUGCUUCGUGUUGAAAGCCGAGUGUUGCUGGCUUCUAUGGCUUCUGCUCAGCGUGUGCAGCCUCGGGAUCUGGUCGCACGCUAGGGAGAGUGCAGGCUUUUGGUGGCAGUCGAUAUGGCCGCUCUUGGUCACAGGUCUUCUGCAACUUUGGGCUGUGUUGGUUGGGGAAGUGGCUUUGGGCUGCUACGUGUGCUUCCUAUCUCUGAGAGGCCAACUGGGAGGGAUGACAAUACCAGAAGCAUUUAUGGCACGAACCUUUUCAGAUUUUGGAGAUCUCGACCCCCAAGAGUUAGAGGAAAUCUUCAUGCUCCAGCCACCUUACCUCCGGGACGCGUUGCCGUACUCCCGUGCUCUCCCUCAAGAUUCAGAUCUCGAAAAUGCCAAGACGGCAGACGACGCUCCCGGAGCACCAGCAGCGCCAGUCUCUCCCGAAACCUGCGCUCCAGGAGCAUCAGUGACGUCUCUUGAAACGGCCACUCCGGAAUCGCAGGGAGAAGGCUCUUCCGAGACGUCUCCAGGAGAAGCAGCCGGUUCUCAAGAAGCUACCCCUCCACAGUCCGCAGGUGCUGCCACUCCGGAGUCGGAGGUAGCAGGAUGCCCCGAGACCACUCCAGCAGGAGCGAAUUCUCACGAAGCUGACGCUCCAGAUGCGGAGCCAGCAGGCUCUGCUGAGACGGACAAGCCCAGCUUCUAUUCGGGGGAGAAGGUCCGCGCAGUGCUCAGGAUUCGAUGGGUCGCCGUGGCGAUCCAUUCUCAACUGAACUUGGUUUUCACUCAGAUUUCCGUCAUUCUGCAGGCCAGAAUGUUUCUGGAAUGCAGCACUGCUCAGGACGUUAUUGAUGCCUACAAGACAACGGUUUCGGAACGUCAGAUCGCCACCUAUGUCCACUACUUGGUCACUUUGGCCGAAUCGACACACCAAUUGGUCAACGCACCAAUUUGUCGUCUUUUCUACACAAUCUGGAAUCUGCUCUGA